CGUCAGCUGUCGCACUUCCGCUUUUUCCUCGGGCGAUCCUGAUAGAGGAUACUAGCUAGAGAGUAAUUUUGUUUUGAAAUUCCGCCUUUAUCAUACUUGCUCCAUCUGCCCUAAGUGGACCACUACACUGGUGCUGUGACAGAAUGUUUGCUUUAUUUAUUCCGAAACUUGCUCGUGCCCUGCAGCCAUUGUCGUCUGCUCGAAGUUUUACACUUGGAGUUCGUCAUUUAGUGCCUAAAUGCCCAAAUUGUCAGCGAGCUAUUCAGAUGAACAGAUGCUAUGCUACCAUUUCCCAGAGUCUCAAAGGAACAAAGUCAAGACAUAAUGCAUAUAUGACAAGUGCACUGUUGCGUGGCUUCCAGUCACUGCGGCAGAGCACAAUGCGGUCUGGAACUGCAGCAGCAGCAGCAGCUGAGAACAUUUCAGUGAGUGCGCAAAAGAUUGUUGGGCGCUGGCUUAUUGGCUGUUCUGGCAUGGUGUUUGGAGCCGUUAUUCUUGGCGGUGUUACAAGAUUGACAGAAUCUGGACUGUCCAUGGUUGACUGGCGCCUGCUGAAAGACAUGAAGCUGCCUCAGAGUGAGGCAGAGUGGACAGCUGAGUUUGAGAAAUACAAAACAUUUCCAGAGUACAAAUACCAGGCAAGCCAAAAGGAGAUGACCCUGUCUGACUUCAAGUUUAUCUACUUCAUGGAGUGGGCACACCGUAUGUGGGGGAGAGCAACAGGCAUAGCAUUUAUACUCCCUGCUGUCUACUUCUGGCGCAAAGGCUGGAUCUCAAAAGCAAUGAAGCCCCGUUUGAUCAUAUAUGCUGCUCUUCUUGGUUUCCAGGGCUUCCUUGGCUGGUACAUGGUGAAGAGUGGGCUUGAGGAGAAACCCGGACCUAACGACAUUCCUCGUGUCUCCCAGUACCGCCUGGCAGCUCACCUGGGCUCCGCCCUCCUUCUCUACACUCUCUUCCUUUGGGGAGGACUUUCACACCUGACGACACCACAGGCUAUGCCAAAUGUAAAACAGAUGGCAAAGCUGCGUGGCCUGUCCCAUGGUUUGAUGACAAUAAUUUUUCUCACAGCACUGUCAGGUGCUUUUGUGGCAGGACUAGAUGCUGGCCUUAUCUACAGCUCUUGGCCCAAGAUGUCUGACCGAUGGAUCCCAGAUGACCUUAUUGCCUUUAGUCCCAAGUGGAAGAACAUUUUUGAGAACUCAACUACUGUGCAGUUUAAUCAUAGACAUUUGGGAGAGUCUACUGUCAUUCUGAUUGCUGCAUUCUGGUGGAUGUGCCGCAAAAUACCGUUGGCACCACGAGCUCGUCUUGCUAUCAACUGUCUUUUGGGCAUGUCCAUUCUGCAGGCCACCCUGGGUAUAACCACCCUGCUGACUUAUGUCCCAACAUCCUUGGCAGCCACCCACCAGUCUGGUUCCCUGGUCCUGUUGUCCAUCGCUGUUUGGUUUGCUCAUGAGCUCCGUCGGCUGCCCAAAUAGUUAUACUACUCAGGCUUCUUCUGCAGUGCUUUGCAGUCCUUUAUUGGCAGAUUGUGUUUGUUCAUUCACAUGAAUGAUAUUCUGGAAGACCAAUAGCAAGUUUAAAAGUAAUUUGACACCUCCAACCACAGACACCCAAUUCUGUCCAUCAUCCUAGCAUAGCUUUUAAAUUGCUUAUCCAGAUAUUCAUGUGUUAAGAAGUUAAAAGAAUUUUCGGGUACAAAAAUGUUUUAGACAAUUAUUAAAAAUGUGUAAAGUAAAUCAGCUUUCCCCACCCCUAGGAACAAAACCGCUAUCCAUUGAAUGCUUCUGUGGCAUUUUGUGUGAUUGUGUGUGGUUGAAAAUAUGUGUUGUACUUUUUUGUGAAGAAAGUGCAUUUUGCAUUGGAAGUUUAUCAAAAUAUAUUUUGGAAACUAUUAGCCAUGGCAUGGGAUUUCAGUUUUUAAUACUUUCAUCCACUUUUUAAAAUGUGUGUAUGUGUGUGCACGCGCGCCUCAUUCGUUUUUGUGUGUAAAGUGAAAACAAAUUUCAAAUUGAUGAGGAAAUAAAGGGGAUUAAGUGAGUGUAA